AUGCCGAAUCCAGCCCCGAAGGAGGACACUUGGGCGUUCAAUCCGAUCGGCGCACCAUUUCCGGACAAUCCUGUCAAAGUGCUGGGCCAGCAGAACAUGUACGUCGCGCUUUGGUACAAGAACGGAAAGCCAGUGCACGGCUAUGCAUGGAACGAUGGUGGCGUUGUACAGGCUUCGUUCCCGUAUGGCAAGGCGGAGCUCACGGGAAAGGAAGACCUCGGCGGCAUGAUUCAAGUGCUGCAGUACAAGGGUGACCACAACACGCUCGGCUACUGGUACGAGUGGAUCAAAUACAAGGACCGUUUCGAGAAAACCGACGAACGACAGCUGGUUCGAUGCGGCGACUCGAUGCCGAUUCUCUGGGAGGGGAGGACCGGUGGUACACUGCUCGGCUACUUGAACAUGAAGACGGAGGAAGCCUUCUUCUCACAGGGAGGGAAGGCGGAAUGCAUUGUAGGGAAGCCACUCUCGGAAAUGAAGAUCAUAAUGAGGAACUUGAAAGGAGGACCGUUGGGAUGCGUGUGCAACAUCUGCUUCAAAGCUCCUCCGCCACCAGUACCACCACCACUCAUAAUGCUGAAUGAGUGGGCAGACAUCAGGAUGGGAGACGCAUGGCCAACCUACAAGACGAUCAGAGCAGGCGACAAGACGUUGAGUGCGGCACCAGGAGAUUCUAGUGAGCAGCAUGUAGCCCUGUGGUAUGUGCAUGGUGAGCCAGUAAUGGGACGGAUCUGGAACAACAAUGGCAAGGUCGCUGCUGCAUUCGGCUGGAAUGGGAAGGCCUUCGUCGACAACAUCGGCUCCAUUCAGGUUCUGGUCGACCUCCCAGAACGUGUCCGUGGCUACGACUAUCAAUGGCGGCCGUGGAGUGAUGCAGCUGUCUUCGACAAGAACGCCCGAGUCUUCUAUCCUGUUCACGUCGAUCAUGUGAAAGGAAACAUCUCGCCAUGCCUGCUAACUCUUCCAAAUGGCAAGGAGGCACUUGGCAAGGCUGACAUUCGCAAUGAGCGUGCAUCGGCUGUGGUCGCAGGCAAGGACGAGCGAUUCGAAGGGCCCGCUGUGCACAGGUUCCUCGUGCUCUGCCGCAAACCGAAGCCAGGACAGAAGUUCGACGAAUAAUAUGGACCAAGCUGUAAAAACUCAUAGGAUAGUGAUAUUCCCUCUCACAAAUUGUUGUAAUGUUUUCCUUUGUAUUUGUUCCAAAUUUGUAUUUCAUGUAGUUCAUUUCUGUAUAAUUGUUUGUAAAAUAAAUUUGUAAAUAAAUCUUUUGUUUUGUUUUGUGGUUUAUUUUUUUUUAUCCAAGAAUUUAUUAGUUUUCCGAAUUCCUAAGUAUUUUUGCAUUUGUUUUUUGUUUUGAAUAUGUAGCAGUGUUCUAAAUUUGUUAAAUUUAUUCGUAGAGUUGUUAAGUCGGUUUCUCAUCU